AUGACUAUCAAACGUGUUGAGCUUGCCUACAAGGAGCACCACGCCCAUGAUGCCAUAUGUGACUUCCUGGAAGGACUGGGAUUCCAGCCAACUCGGCAUGCAUACGGUCUAGAAACCGCCUUUGAAGUCCUAACCGGCGAGGGCCCAGGAAGAUGCAUUAACUUCAACGCCGAGUAUGAUGCUCUCCCGGGCCUUGGACAUGCCUGCGGGCAUAAUCUUAUCUCAACGGCAAGUGUCACGGCUUUUAUUGCGCUCGCCUAUGCCAUCAAGAAAUUUGGCAUCAAAGGCAAAGCGCAGCUACUCGGAACUCCAGCUGAGGAAGCCGGCGGUGGGAAGAUCGACUUGCUCAAUGCUGGCGCUUAUGAGCUCCCAGAUGUAUCCUUGAUGAUACACCCGAUGUCAGACGCCAGAUAUCUCACACAAAAUGCGAUUGGUUCCGGCGGAGCGACUUCACUCGCAUGCUAUACUAUGACAUGCACAUACGAAGGAGUCAGUGCGCACGCUGCUGCGAACCCUUGGGAGGGGAUUAAUGCAUUAGACGCAGUGGUAGCAUCGUACAAUAACGUAUCCAUGCUACGGCAGCAGAUAAAGCCAGAUGAGCGGAUUCACGGAGCUAUCAUGGAAGCGCCGAAGAUCACCAACGCAAUUCCAGAAUUCACAAAAGUCGGGUACACUGUCAGGAGCCCGACUGUGGAAGGGACUCUACGGCUUGGUGAACGCGUGCGUAAAUGCCUAGAAGCCGGAGCCAUGGCCACCGGCUGCAAGAUCAGCCUUGAGGAAGACCCCCUAUAUGCUGACCUCCGUGUCAAUCGGCCUCUCUGCAGCGCGUUUCAGGCCAAUAUGGCCCAACAAGGCGAGAAGAUCCUGGUAUCGGAGGAGAUGCACAUGGUGGGCUCGACUGACCAAGGAAAUGUGUCUCAUGUAAUUCCUACUCUUCAUGCUCAUAUCGGAAUUCCGACCAAGGAUGAUGUGAAUGUGCAUAGCCGUGGGUUUGAGGUAGCAGCUGCAACUCAAAUUGCGAAUGACAGGGCAUUGAAGGCUGGGAAGGCAAUGGCUAUAACUGGGUUUAGUCUUCUUGUCGACGAUAGUCUCUACGGCCGGGUGCUUGCAGAUUUCGAGAAUGAGUAA